AUGUCAUUAGCGUGGAAGUUCUUCACUGGCAGACAGCAGGGUGUGCAGAUUAACGUGUGGGAAGAUGCGGACAGCGACAUAUACAAGAUCAUGGAUCGCUUCGGCUUCUUGCACAAGGAAGAGCUUCCCAGACCCAGUGCACUUGAGGAGAAGCAAAUACAUCAGGAGAUUGAAAGGGUGGAUAAAUGGCUGAAAAUGGUGGCCAGCUGGAAUAAGUACCAAAACAGUGACAAGAUGUCACGGCGGGUAUAUAAGGGGAUUCCCCUGAAAUGUCGGGGCAAGGUGUGGUGCCUCCUCUUGGAAGUCGAAAAGGUCAAGAAUGCCCAUGCAGGAAAGUACAAGCACAUGAAGGAACAGGCCAGGCAUUACUCGACAGAGAUCAAACAGAUCGAUCUGGACAUCAACAGGACAUUCCGAAACCACAUCAUGUUCAAGGACCGCUUCGGAGUGAUGCAGCAGGCUCUGUUCUGGGUGCUGGCGGCCUACUCUGUGUACAACCCGGAGGUGACCUACUGCCAAGGGAUGAGCCAGAUCGCCGCCAUCUUGCUGAUGUACAUGAAUGAGGAGGACGCUUUUUGGGCGCUCGCGCAGCUGCUGAACAACCAGAAGCAUGCCAUGCACGGAUUCUUCAUUCCUGGAUUUCCUAAACUUCAUCGUUUUCAGGCACAUCACGACCAGAUAUUUUCCAAACUGAUCCCAAAGCUAAAGAAACAUUUGGACAAGGAGCAGAUGUCCUCCGGGAUAUACACCACCAAAUGGUUUCUACAGUGUUUCAUUGAUAGGACUCCAUUCACUCUGACCCUGCGUUUGUGGGACAUCUAUAUUCUCGAAGGGGAGAAGGUUUUAACUGCCAUGGCUUACACCAUCUUGAAACUAUACAAAAAGGUUUUGCUAAAGAUGUCUCUGGAGGAGCUACGGGAGUUUCUGCAGGAGGAGAUUGUGGAGUCCUUCAGCCUGGGGGACGAUGUGGUCAUUGAGCAUCUUCAAGCCUCAAUGGCCGAACUACGCAAAAUGAAGCUGGACCUUCCUCCUCCAGCGAGACACGAUGAGUUUCCGAAGAAUGCCCUUGGCCUCGAGUUACCCAUAGUGCUUAUGCCAGUCAAGCUGCCCCAGGUACCCAACAGCAAAUGCCUGCCCCCAGUGCUACAGCAGCCAAUGGGAGGGCCAGUCCUGACACAAUGGCAGGAGAGGACCCGUCAACCUCCGAGUGACAUUUUGGACUUCAGGAAUGCCAAUGGGCAGGGUCCACUGUCAACAUUCUCCAUACAUUCACGGACCCCCAAAAAGCCGCAGCAUGGGUUGGAAGUUCAAGAAGCAGUUGAGCGUGCAAGUGGGGAUUGGCCCCCCCCUUAUGAGCCCCCUGAGAAUGACAUCAUGGCUAUGCAGUCUCAGGAGGAGCCAGUAGACCUUCCUAAUCUGCCACCACCCCCACCUCUGUACAUGCAGGAGUCUGUUUGCAGAGAGCCGGAAUCAAAGCCCCUACCAUCCUCCCCCCAACCUAUGUCCCUGUGCCCAGCCAAGCCUUUGGACCUCCACCUGCAGGAGGUGAGCUUUUCUUCCAGGUCCAGUCACCUGCCUGUCAGGUUCCCAGUGACUCUAUCGGUGCCCCAGCCGCCCAGCCACAGACGGCCCUCCAACAUCUCGCAGUACGACAAUCUCUCUGAAGGAGAGCGGGAGGUGGACCACUCUCCUGAUCAGCUGCUGGAGGAGACUGCUUUGCUACUCCAAAGUCUGUCUGCGGACCUCCAACCUAAGGAGAUGUCAGGACCUUCCACAGCAGAGUCACCUUAAUUUUUCCCUCAUCCUCCCCCACCCGUGACCAUAAAUCCAGCGGCCUUACCCAUUCCUCCAUCUGUCCCUUCCUGUCACCAUGUUCCAUGUAAUGCAGUAUGAUGGUGUAUGCAAGUGACCCCGCCUGGCUGAACCCUGUAUGCUCUGCCAGUCCUCAAGCUUUUGGACUGAAAGUAGAGCCUUUGGGAUGUAGUUGGUACCAAUGAAGAGUUCUUGGAAUACCAAAAGGAAAUGAGCUCCCUCCACUCUUCCAAGCAGACAGGCAGUGUAGUUGCUUGGCAUUUUCGGGCCAGUUGCUGCAUCCAUUGACCUGUUCAGCUGUGACCUCAGGACAAAUGCUAAGCGCUUCUGUUCCUCCAAGCCAGGAAUCUACCCCGACUCACCCAACUGGUGAUUCCAGACUGGUGAUAUAGCACAGCUGGUGCUGGCAAGAUUGCCCUUCCAUGAAGCAGAAGUGGCUCUAUCCCAAGCAGUAAUAUCACAACGUAGCAUUUUGAUAAACGCACCACUUUUUCAUUUCAUCCAUAUGAAAUAACCUUGUUUUUUUUCUAUAGCCAUGCCUUUGAUUAAAUAAUACUUUUAUUGCUUAUGCAAUCUGUAGGGCAGAAACACCGCAGAGCUGAUUUCAGUGCCAUCAGUAAUACAAGGAUGGCUGAGCUGUAAUAUGUAAAGAAGGAUUUAACAAUCAAUCUGAAGCUUUGUUUGAUUUUGCCAAGCAGUUCUGAAUCAUUCCUGGGUUUUUCCUUUGCCUGGACCCCAUUUUCUGACAUUCAAGCCUGUCAAUUUGGUUCUAUUUAUCAGUUACUGGCUUCUACCUACAUGAUUCAUGAUGGUCUUAAAAUAGGAUUCAGUUGCAUUUUAUUUAUUUAUUUUUCAAUCUUCAUGUGAUGUUUGGUAUUUCAUAGAAUUUAUCAUGAUUUGUAUACUUUAUUAUGUAUUGUAUUGUGCUUUUUAAUAUUUGUACAAAAAUCUUUGCAAGUAGUAUUGUACAUUUGUUAGAAAUGUAAAAAAUGCAGUAUGUAAAUGAAAACAUUGAACAGUAAUAAUCAGCCAGUCAAAAUGUAUGAAUUACGAACUCCUGGGCAUACCACUAAUUAUGCGUUCUUGCAUCCUUUAACAAUUCCUUCUGGCAUACUUAACGGUAGUAAGACGUUGCAUUUCUUUACAUGGUUUCUGGUUCGUUAUCUCCCCCUAGUGUACAGUUAGCUAAUAGCACAUAAUUUAAUAUAUUUACCUGUCUACCAUCUCAGUAUGGAUUUUGUGUGGCUGUUAAUAUUCUCCCUUUUGUAUGAUUUCCAUGCUUUUGUAAUUUUUUUUCUUUCUCAAAUGUGCCUUAAAUUAUUAGCUAUUAUAAGCUGGAACGUAUAAGUGUAUUGACGUCACCCAUCUGCAAUAUUAUAAUUGUUUUGCAUGUAAGAGCGCAUGUAGUGAGGAGUGGUGGGUGUAACAGGCAAUGAUGAUACAUAAAGGCUCAGGAAAACAAACUCUGGGUUAGUUAGCUAUAUAGUGUGGAGCUUUAAGGUGCUACAAGGAGAUCAGAUACAUUAAAGCCUUACAGUGUUUGCACUAUUCUGUACUUUUGUAAUAUUCUCAGUAUUCGCAAAGGUUUAGUCUUGCAUGGUUUGUAUUUUACUCUGAUGCACUGUACCUUCUUAAAUAGUGGGAAAUCCCACUGCAGAUUCAAGUAAAUGUUCCAGAAUCAAA